GUCCCCCCGCCUCCGCUCCCGGCACCCCCGGGGGUCCCUCCGCCUCACAUCUUGCCUCCGCUUCCUCCGUUCCACCCCGGCAUGUUCCCUGUCAUGCAAGUGGAUAUGAUAAGUGUAUUGGGCAACCAGUGGGGUGGCAUGCCAAUGUCCUUCCAGAUGCAAACCCAGAUGCUGAGCCGCAUGAUGCAGGCACAGAACACGUACCAGUACCCGCCGUUCAUGACGGGACGGAUGCAGUUCGUGAACCUUCCACCCUACCGCCCUUUCUCCAUGGGGUCAGCCCUUGGCCGUGGACAGCAGUGGCCACCCCUGCCCAAGUUUGACCCCUCGGUGCCACCGCCAGGCUACGAGCCGAAGAAGGAAGAUCCCCACAAGGCCACGGUGGAUGGAGUCCUCCUGGUCAUCGUGAAGGAACUGAAGGCUAUCAUGAAAAGGGACCUGAACCGGAAGAUGGUUGAAGUGGUGGCAUUUCGCGCAUUCGAUGACUGGUGGGACAAGAAGGAACGUCUGGCAAAGGCGUCUCUCACUCCAGUGAAGUCUGGAGGAGAGCUGGAGGAAAAGCCAAAGCCGAAGGAUCGGAUUGCAUCUUGUCUUUUGGAGAACUGGAACAAAGGAGAAGGCCUGGGCUAUGAGGGGAUCGGCUUGGGCAUUGGGUUACGAGGAGCCAUCCGCUUGCCGUCCUUCAAGGUGAAAAGAAAGGAGCCACCUGAAGCUGCCUCAGCAGGAGAUCAGAAGAGAAUCCGGCCUUCUACUUCUGUGGAUGAUGAAGAUGAAGAGUCGGAGAGGGACAGAGAUGCUUCCGAUACAACGUCUGAGCUGUCAAAGAAAGAUGCAGAAGCAGUGGGGCUGAGGCGGCGACCAGCAAGGCCGCUGGAGCUCGACAGCGAGGGGGAAGAGGGAGAUGAGACAUCAGAGAAAGAGGAAGAGUCCUCCUCGGAGAAGGAAGAGGAGCAGGAAGAAGAGAGGAGUUUGGUGAAAGCAACACCUGGCAAGGAGGAAGAGGAAGAUGAGGAUGAGGAUGAAGACGAUGAGGAGGAAGAUGAGGAUGAGGAUGAAGACGAGGAUGAAGAUGAUGAGGAAGAGGAGACAGGCAUAGACACAAGUGACAAGGAGGAGGAGCAGGACUCCGAGGAGGAUGUUGCAAGUCCCUCGUCUUCCAAGGCUGAAGUUGAAUCAUCCGAUGAAAGUGAGGACUCUUCUGAAUAUGAGUCGAGUUCAGACUCAGAUGAUGAAGAUGAGGAUGAUGAUGAUGAUGAAGAGGAGGAGGAGGAAGAGGAGGAGGAGGUGGCUGAAGAUCAAGACAGAGAAGCCAUGGUUGCUGAGACAGAGCUUGAACCUUCUGGUCCUGAGAUUCCCGAUGAUGAGAGGGAGACUAUUUUGGAGCUCUACCCUGUGGAUGACUACAUGGAUGCAACAGGCCUGGGGCUCGCAGAGCCAGCGUUGGCAGUGAAAGAUGAAGGCAUGGAAGAAAUCAAGACAGGGGAAGGUGAAUGUGGUGAAGUCCCAGAGGCGUCUAUUGCUGCUGAAACACUGAAACACUUGGUUAUGGAAAGAGACCAGGAGACAAAACUUGCUCUGUCUCCCAUCUGUAGGCCAGAGGAAGAGUCCGAACCCACUGCCAUGCUGGAGCCAGAGGUGCAGGAAGGUCCGAAGCCUGACUCUCAAGACGAGGAGGCGGCAGCAGCGGUGCUAUGUCUCUCUGCUCCAGCGGGAGUUUUCGGAGAGCCUCUGCCCAGCAAAAGCAGCUUCUUCAGCAAGGCUGACGACGGCAGCGUGGAAGCUCGCGUUAGAGCAAAGCUGCCCUCGGCUGCCGAGGAGGACGAGCGGCUGCCUCGUACACCAGGGCGAGAGGUGAUGAUCCAUCCGGAGACUGAUGCUCUUCUGCUUCCAGCCCACAAGGUGCCAUCUGCCGUGCUUCCCUUACCCUCGACUUCUGGUAAAGAGGAAUCCUCAGUCCCUCCAGAAAAGUUCCCUGAACAGUUAAUGGUGACCAAAACGUCCGUGGAAGAGGAGAUUCCUAGGACUCCUGGGCGGGACAUUUUGGCCAAGUCUUCACACCCCCUUGCGAAGUCUCAGAGCACGGACACUGUCCCGGCCACGCCAGGCAGCGAUGCUCCACUUACGGGAAGCAGCUUGACCCUCAGUUCCCCUCAGGUCCCAGGGAGCCCCUUUUCCUACCCAUCCCAAUCUCCCGGCAUUAACAGUGGCAUUCCUCGGACUCCGGGGAGAGAUUUCAGUUUCACGCCUACUUUCCCAGAGGCUGGUGCUACCAUUCCUUGCCUUCUGUCUGGCAAGAAACCAUCAGAGGAUGAGCUGGACGAGAAACCCUUCAAAGAGCCUCUCGGUGCUUCCCUUACAAUCGGCAUGAACAGCGUUCCUUCCCCCAUCCCCUUUGCCAGCCCCCCGCAGGCAGAUUUCCACACGGACAUGGGUUUGCCACCUGAUGAGCCAGUACCCGUAGCAGCCCUGCCGUGCAUGCGUGGAGAUGGAAGAAUGCCCGUCGAGGAAUGCAAGGCAGAAAUUAAACCUGGUUUGCUCUCACCAGAAGUACCCCCUGGUGCUUCUGUCCUUCCUCCCCCGCCACCUUCUGCUCUUCCCAAAAGAAGGCCAGGUCGGCCAAGACGGUCGCCACCUUCUGUCCUCUCCUUGGAUAUGUACUCGGGCAAAGCCAUGGAGCCUCCUCCUGUGCCGGUGACCUUGGUGGACAGUGCUGUGGGCAAAGAGCUCUUGAGUGCACAUCCCGAUGCUUUCUAUGGACCGAAAGACCCUGAAGCCGUCACCCUGGACUUCAGGAAUAAUGACGGUUUCCCCGAGAAAAUAGGAGCUGAGACAGUUUCAGAGAAACUGCCGUUUAAGGAACUAGAGAACCAGUGGAACGAAGACUUCAAGGAAGAAGAAGCUCACGCCAAGCCGAAGAGACAGUGGCGAAGGCAGAAGAAGACUUCUGAGGACCUCCCCACGAUUCCCUCCCCUGAGUAUUCCCCACCCCGGCCUCAGUUCAGGCCACGCUCCGAGUUUGAGGAAAUGACUAUUUUGUACGAUAUUUGGAAUGGAGGCAUAGACGAGGAAGACAUCAAGUUCAUGUGUAUCACGUAUGACCGCUUGCUGCAGCAAGACAACGGUAUGGACUGGCUCAACGACACCCUCUGGGUAUUCCAUCCUUCUACUAGCUUUUCUACCCCCAAGAAAAAGAAGCGGGACGAUGGGAUGCGGGAGCACGUGACGGGCUGCGCACGAAGUGAAGGCUAUUACAAAAUUGAUAAGAAGGACAAACUUAAAUACCUCAACAACAGCCGGGCUUUUGCAGAGGAGCCUCCAGCAGACACGCAGGGUAUGAGCAUCCCUGCCCAACCUCACGCUUCCACGCGGGCUGGCUCCGAGAGGCGGUCGGAGCAGCGCAGGCUCCUCUCAUCCUUCACUGGUAGCUGCGACAGCGACCUGCUCAAGUUCAACCAGCUCAAGUUCCGGAAGAAAAAACUAAAAUUCUGCAAGAGCCACAUUCACGACUGGGGCCUUUUCGCUAUGGAGCCCAUUGCAGCCGAUGAGAUGGUGAUUGAGUACGUGGGUCAGAACAUCAGGCAGGUCAUUGCCGACAUGCGUGAGAAGCGAUACGAGGAUGAAGGCAUCGGGAGCAGUUACAUGUUCAGAGUCGAUCACGACACCAUCAUCGAUGCCACGAAAUGCGGAAACUUCGCCAGGUUUAUUAAUCACAGCUGCAAUCCAAAUUGUUACGCUAAAGUGAUCACGGUGGAGUCUCAGAAGAAGAUCGUCAUCUACUCCAAGCAGCACAUCAAUGUGAAUGAGGAAAUUACCUAUGACUACAAGUUUCCCAUCGAGGAUGUAAAGAUCCCGUGUCUCUGUGGCUCUGAGAACUGCAGGGGAACCCUGAACUGAGCGCAAGGUUUCUCGUCACACUUGCACCUUCGGCCAUGUCAGAACUGUGGUAACCAGGUGUGGUUGCACUUUGCCAAAAAACAGGAGGAAAAAAAAAAAAAGGAAGAAAAAAAAAAUUUAAAAAGGAAAAAAAAAAUAUUUAAAAAAAUAAGAGAGGAAAAAAAGAGAAGAGAAAACCCAAGUU